AUGCCCCGCGCAACCGCCACAGUGAACGGUGUCCAAGUCGCCAGCACCGAGACCUGGGAAGUCGUAGACGGAAACAUCUACUUCCCGCCCUCUUCCAUAACCCAGAACCACUUCACCCCUACAUCGACCACAACCAAGUGCCCCUACAAAGGCACCGCCUCCUACUACACCGUCACCACGAACAAGACAGAGAUGCAAGACGCCGCAUGGUAUUACCCAGAGCCUCUCCAGGGCAUGGAGAAGAUCAAGGGAUUUGUCGCGUUCUACAAGAAAGCGGGAAUUGAGGUGGAUGUUGAAGAAUAG